AUGUCACCAGCAGAAGAGGCCACUGACCAGGGCAGCCGGCGUGAGCUGCGGUCACUGCCGUUCAUCAGCUACCUGUCGGGUCUGCUGAAGACGCAGCUGCUGUCGGACGACCUGGUGUCCGGCGUGGAGAUCCGCUGCGACGAGAAGGGCAGCUGCCCGUCCGCCUGCCACCUGUGCCACCAGCCGGGCCGCGAGAUGCCCAGCCCCUCGCCCGUCCUGCUCGAGGUCAGCCGCAUCGUGCCCCUCUACAGCCUGGUGCAGGACAACGUCACCCGAGAGGAGAGGUUCUGAGUCUGGUGGACGACCUCUUCUCUGGGCUGGGCUCGUCCUGCGUGGUUGCCGGGAGACGGACCGGAGACUCCGCCCACCCUGCGCUCUACACGCUGGUCUUCAAGUGCCUGGAGCCGGACAGCCUCUACAGGUUCACUCUGUACGCCAUCGACAGCCGCGGCAGCCGCUCAGAAGCCAGCGCAGUGACCGUGCGCACUUCCUGUCACAUGGUGGACGACAGCAGAGCCGAAGAGUUAGCUGAUAAGGUGUAUAACCUGUAUAACGGCUACACCAGCGGUAAGGAGCAGCAGAUGGCCUACAACACGCUGAUGGAGGUGCCUCCGCCCCUGCUGUACCGGGUGCAGCACCACUACAACUCCCACUACGACAAGUUCGGAGACUUUGUGUGGAGGAGCGAGGAUGAGCUGGGACCGAGGAAAGCGCACCUGAUCCUGCGGCGUACGGAGCGUCUGAGCCAGCUGUGCCGGGCACUGCUGCGUAGCGGCUACAUCCAGAGCCGGACGGACACCACGCCGUACGUCCAGUGCCGCUCCGAGGAGCCGCGGGCAGCCGCGUCCAGCUGGCACGCCUCCCUCCACGAGACGCGGCUGUCCUGCGCCGAGCGCCUGCUCUCCGUCCAGCGGAACAUCUACGGCAAGUCCAAGCUGCGGUGAGAGGGGCAGGGAGGGGCGCACAGCGGUCAGCGCAGAGGGGCCGCCAGAGGAACUGACCCGGAACAGACCGGACUCUGAUCGCAUGGGGACGGGCCUGCUCCAGAACCAGCCCAGAGCAGUGCCGGACCGGUCUUAUGAAACCCAGAACCAGGUAAAGAUCCUGGCAAGAACCAUGCUAGAUCCUGGCAAGAACCAUGCUAGAUCCUGGCGAGAACCUGCCAUAUGAAGAGCAGAGCCCCUGCUGGAUAAAGACCGUAUCAGUGCCAGACCCAUGCCAGAUCCGGGCCAGAUCAGGGUCAGCUCUGUUCCGGCCUCAGCUGCUGUCUUCUUACGCCCUUGCCGGCCGCUGCCCUUCUGUCUCAAGGUCGCCCUCUCCACCCCCGCGUCCACCUGUCGUCCACCUGCCCGUCCUCUCGGACGCCGUUCGCCCGCCGCCGGUUUCCUUCUUCUGAUUCUUCUCUUUUCUACAGAGGAACUAAGGAACUCUCUCCCCUGCAGAGGAACUAAGGAACUGCUCUCCUCUGCAGAGAGCGCUUUUUAAAACUCAAACGUGUCCUUUAUCUGAGCUUGUGUUGGGCGGCCGGGGGAGCCCAACAGCAGGGCCUCGCUCACGGCCUGUUGUAAAGACAUCUGAUUGGCUGUCUGGGUGACGACGACGCAGCCAUGUGGACAUCUCUCUCUCUCCCCGAGGGGCACGGGACAGAUCAGUCAAAGCCUGAAUGUAAAGCCCAGCUGAUUGGCCGUGCUUUAACUACACUAUGUAAGCAUUUCCAUGGAAAUAUACAGUAUGACAUCAUUAAUAAACAGGGACUGGUAUCUCGGUCACAGCGUCCCACAGCCGAGUCUGUCUGAGAGGGCUGGUCCAUUUCCCCCAUAAUGCACUGAGCCAAGGCAGAGAGGGCUGCGCCACUCCCUCACUACUGCAGCUGACUCAUGUAAUGUCUCUCAUUUAGCCUUUAAAGCCUCAUUGCCACGCAACACAUUGGCUCAUUUCCUUAUAGUCCAGACUGUCACCUCCCCAACCUGCCGAAAAUGGACAGUGCUUUCGAAUCCGUACCAUACGAUAGUCCAGCUCAAAUGGACAGUGCUUUCGAAUCAGUAGGAAAGGGCUCAGUCCAGAUCAAAUGGACAGGGCUUUCGAAUUAGUAGUAUACAGAAUGGACAGUGCUUUUAAGUCAGUACUAUAUGGCUUGGUACAGCUCAAAUGGACAGUGCUUUUAAAUCAUUAGACUGCAGAGUGGACAUUGCUUUCAGAUCAGAAGAGUAUGGCUCAGUCCAGGUCAGCUUUUAUAUGCAGUACCAGUUGCAGUGGCGCAGGAAGCUGGUUUUGGAGAGCCACGUCCAGCUCUUUGUACCUCCCGGUCCCUCAUUGGCUGAUGCGUCCAGACCUCCUGUUGCCAGGCACCAGGCCCCCCCGCUGGACACUCGGACGUCAGGUGGUGAACUUGAGUUAAAAGCCAUUUUAUUGGAGUUUGCUUUCUAACUUCUUUCUAUUUCUGCCAGAGGAGAAAUCUAAGGCCCCAGCUGCUUGAAUAAUAAUCUGCUUACAUGACAGAAAGUGAGGUAUGUGUGGUGGUAGUCCGAGGGCUUUGCUUCACAGGAGCUUGGCCAUGGAGGGCUAGAAGGUGAGAGUUACGAUAUAUGUGUAUGUAACAUUUCAUACUUAUGUCAGGAUUCUUCUUUUGAGAGAAUCAACCAAAAGGUCAAUCUAUCUCAAAGGCCAGAAAGUUAUUCUAAUUCAUUAUUUUUGCAAAUAGUUUUAUUUCAGAGAAUUUUGUUUCAUGCCAUGAAUUGUGAUAGUAAAUUAUAAUUCUGUACAUAAGACAAAUGUAAAUAUCAUAUGUGAUUAGGUGGCUCUGGUGGUCCUUUUGGCAAACUUAUAAAAUAUUAAAUAUGUAUAUAAAAUGCUAAA